AUGGAGGGGAGAAGGAGCGUGGGAGGCGUGCAGAGGGAUAGAGAGCGGGAGCGCGAGAAGGAGAAGGAAAGGGAGAGGCGAGAAAGACGGCAUUCCUCCCAUGGCCACAACUCGUCUGCUGCUGUGCAUGCGGCGAAGAAACAGCGAAUCGCGGAGAACAAGCAGCAGGAUGAAGAUCCAUUCGCGGUGACCCCCGAAAACGUACACAAGACGCAGAUGAUCGAUGCCGAUACGGACAUGAUCUUGCGCUACUUCGGCUGCCUUCUGAUGCGCAAGGCUGCCGGUCUCCUCCGCUUGCCUGCACGAACAGCAUGCACGGCCCAGUACUACUUCCAUCGCUUCUACGAUCUCCACCCGCUCCACAAGCUAGACAUUGCGUUGAUGGCGCAGAGCUGUCUGUACCUGGCGUGCAAAGCGGAGGAGACGCUGCGGAAAGCGAGGGACGUCAUCAACUCGUGCUACUUCCUGCUUCAGCCCCAACAGCCGAUGCUCAAGAUCGGCAAGAAAUAUUGGGACUUGCGUGACGAAGUGGUGGCCGCCGAACAGAUCCUGCUGCGAACGCUCGACUUCGAUCUCACUUUCAUUCAUCCGCACAAGUUCCUCCUGAACUACAUCAACUCUCUCAAUGGCUCGCAAGCUCUCGCGCAAGUAUCCUGGAACCUUACCAACGAUCUAUACUACACGCCAUUGUGCAUGCAAAGGAAUCAUCGACCACAGGUGCUAGCCUGCUCCUCCCUCUACCUCGCUCAAUUCAUCCUGGAACAGAGCAACAUGGAAGUGCCUCAGUCGAUGCAACAGUUCCCCUGGUGGGAGGUGUUCGAUGCCAAGAAGCAGGAUCUCGAGGAGGUGUCGAGCAGCCUGCUCGACAGCCUGCAAACGCUGCAGGCCAUCCCCUACGACACGGCCCUCAUGGUCUACCAGGAGUACGCCCAGAAGUACUCUCCACCCUCUCCGCUGCAGCUCGCCAAGGCCGCCGCGUAA